AUAAAUAAUCGCAAGAAAAAAAUAACCGAACUUUCGCAUUUACUGCAACGGAGUGUAAAAUAUUCGAGUACGUGAAGCGAGUUUGAGGCUGGAUUUAUGUAGUUAAAAAGGGGGAAGAACGUACGAAGAAGAUAAAAAGAAAAGAAUAAAAAUUCCUGUGAAACGUCUAAGAAGAAAAACUCUCGGCAAUUCCGUAUAGCGUUAAGAAUUACGUUUCUCCACGCUCCAGCACUCGUCUUUUAGCGCCGGUAAAACUGUCUUUGACAGUUCCUAAGAUAGAACGCCACUUGGAGAAGCUGGUCAGUAUCAUACUACGUCAAUAAGAAAGGGAGAUGAUUGUGCCUGGAGUUGAUAAAGUCGAUUCAACGUCUCCGUAGAAUACCUACGCGUAAGGAGAACCAGGUGAAAAAAAACCAACAAAAAAAAAAACCAAUAAAAACUAUCCCACACAACAACUGGAACUAUAACCAAUAUAGGGUGGUCGGAAUGUUGAAAGUGCAUACAGCGUCUCGGUGAAUUAUAAUUAUAAAUCGGUCCCAAUCAGAGGAAAGGAAACGUAAAAAAAGAAAGAAAGUGCAGAUCCAACAGUACCGACAGAGACGAUCAACGCAGUUUGUCAAUAUGAAAGUGUUACGGAUGAUCACUGCAGUUUUGCUGCUUCUACAUGUCGCCGUUGCUAGCAACGUCGAACCCUGUCCCGACGACAGCAUCCUUUCCGAAGAUGGUGUGUGUAAGUGCGUAUCGCCAUGUCCUCCUGGAGUGUGUGACACCGGACUUCAUCCUGUCCAGGUUCUCCCUGGCGAACCUGACAAUCCCGGCAACUGCUGUCCUCUCUACAACUGCUUACCUCUAGAAGGCGUUUCAUGGGAUGAGCCGGAAGAGCCGGAAGAACCUAAUCAGGGAGGAUGCAUGGACAACUCGGGGGUUCCUCGCCUGGCGGGGGAACGUUGGCAGGAAGGACCGUGCACAAACUGCGAGUGUGACGAGGGUCUCGUCGCCUGCCAGGCGGCGAUGUGCAAAAAUUGCGAAAACGCGACGCCCCCCCAGGCAGGUGAAUGUUGUCCACGAUGUCCGGCGCAGGGUAACGCGACCGGUACCGAACCGGUCAAAUGUGUGCCUUUGACCAACUGUGAACUCGACUGCAAAGUUGCAUUUGCCGUUGAUUCGUCCGGCUGUCCGACCUGCGAAUGCGUCCUCGAAGGGUUCCCACACGAGAACGAGAAAAUCUGUCCUCAUCUUUCGGAAUGCACGUUAUCUUGCGACCUAGCAAACGACGACGGAGGCUGCCCAGUCUGCGCGUGCCAAAGCGGAGGCGAGACUUUGGCGAACACGGUGACUCCCCUGGAGAUCGAGACCACCGCGGGCAACGAAAACAACGAGAAAAACGAUGAAACUUCACCCAAGAAGAUCUGCCCCGCUCUUAGCUGCGACCUGCACUGCGAGAGGGGUCUGGCGAUCGACGAAGACGGCUGCACUAUUUGCGCCUGCAACCCGAAACCAGGGUGUCCCAUGAUCACGUGCAAGAAGGACUGCCCGACGGGCUACAAAACCAAUAAACGAGGUUGUCAGAUUUGCCGUUGCCGGUUAUCAUGCGUGGAUUCCCAGAACGAGACGCACGUUGAAAAUUCAAAAUGGAGCCCAGAUUCUUGCACAACAUGCGCCUGCGAUCAAGGCGGAAGAUUAAGUUGUAACAAAACCAUUUGUUCCGUACCUUGCAAGGAUUCAUUACCACCGCCACCAGGAGAAUGCUGUCGAGUUUGUCCAAUAAAGGAACAUCGUGACGGAGAAUCAGCUCCGACAGGAAUGAAGGGUUGGGCCCACGUGACGGUGACGGUUGUAUUGGCAGCACUUUGUAUCGGCCUGACGAUUCACGUUGUUCGUGGACGUUUCCGCGGCCGAUUGUCACCCUCAAAAGAAUCCUACCCGGCAUAUUCGAAUCAGUACUACAAGUGCAUACCCGUAUACGACACUCCGGUGCACCAGACCGAAAAAGUUGUACCGCUGUAGGCAAAUCGAUUGCAGAAUUAUUAAACUGUACAAAUUGGUGGCUAUUUUUGAGCGAAAAACUUUCAUGUGUACGUUGCGAUUAUACCGACACACAGGAAGAUUGCAAAAGCGCGUGAAAUUUCAAGAACGUUUCUUUUUUCUAUUUCAUUUAUUUUUUUAUUUUUUUUUUUUAUUUUUUUUUCGAUUUUCUGUUGAACAAUCGCAAGGUUUUCUAUUUACACUUUUUACUACUAUUUAUUCGAUGAUUUUAGUAUUUCAAACAAAUUUUUUUCACAAAUUAUUACAACCACUUUGAAAACUUUGACAAUUAUACGAAACCAGGCUAUGUACUAUAGUUGUUGGCUUUAUUAACUGACUUGGUGAUAUUGAAGAAGAAAUAAAAAAUUCUAUAGUAUUAAUCAGCGUGACGGAGGUACACAUGAAAUAGUGACAGCGGCGGGAUGACCGAUUAAAUCAACAUGGAAUUGAAGCGACGUCUAAUAAUAAAAUUUCGACAUACUGUGGCGCCUAGAUAUAUAUAUAUAUAUAUAUUAUAAUAUCAUUGUAUAAAAUUCCCUUGAAAAAAAGAA